UGAGAGAGAGAAAGCACUGUUUGCAUCUGCAGCACAGCAAGGACAAGUUACAAAGAGAGAGAGGCAGAGAGGCAGAGGGACUGAGAUCAGCACUGCCAACCUGAAAGAGAGCUCAAGGAAGAUAACACAUAAAAUCAAGCCCUGUUUUAGAGGAACAGGCUGUGCAGGCAAGAAAUAUCAUGACAGACUCCAAGAAGAGUGAGAUGGAGAUCCGGGAUAAAGCUAUUCUGCACCAGCAACGCCGACUUAAGCAGGCAACCCAGUUCAUGCACAAGGAUUCAGCUGACCUCCUUCCCCUGGAUGGACUAAAGAGACUGGGCACUACUAAAGACCUGCAACCUCACAGCAUUGUACAGCGGCGCCUCUUAGAGGGAAACGUGACGAGGCUGAGGGGGGAGAGCAGAGACUUGUCCACCAGGGUGCGCUCCCCACUGGCAGAGGAGAAGGAGGACAGAGAAGCAGCAGAAACAAGAACAUCCACAGUGGAGAAAGAGUCUCCAGAGGAGGGAGAGAUAAAGGAGGUAGACGCAGCAGAGGAGACAGGCACAAAAGGGGAGAAACGGGAGAGAGAAAUGUUGGAAAACACAAGGAAGGAGGAGGGACAGACGACAGAAGAUAAAUCCAAAUCCUUAGAGGCACUGGUUGUCUGCUGCAAGUGCUGUGACAAGGAGCUGAAGGCAACAAUCAACACAGGCCACCAGCACAACUUUAUAUCCCAGAGCUGCUGCAGACAGCUGGGGCUGAGGAGCACCCAGGAGAGUGGCAGCCAUGACCAAUCAGACUCAGGUCUCUGCCUGUCUUCUGGGAUGACACUUGCUGGAGUGGUGGAGAAUCUUGAGCUCCAGCUGGGCAAGGAGAAAGUGGAGUGUUCAGCACAUGUCGUGGAGGACGACACGUUUGAGCUGUGCCUGGGAUUGCAGACUCUGUUAAACCUCAAAUGCUGUCUGGACUUGCACAUGGGAGUCCUGAAGCUGAGUGAGUCCGAUGUGGAGUUACCUUUCCUUGAGAGCCCCAGAGAAGAUCACAAUGACAUCAUCUGACCCGGCAGAGCGGUUAGCUUCCUCUUUCAUUCUGAGUCGAUGGCAUCAAAACAAUGAAAAAGGGCCUUACUUUCCAUAGCAGAGUUGCAGUCCAUCCCACGACAUGACCACCAGGCCACAUCUGUCUAAUUGUCUUCUGAAUGUUGAAUGUGGCAGGAUACAACUUUCUUGUUUUAGCUUUUUUAUGGAAGGCCAUAAAGAUCUGGGUGGAUGAAGCUAUUACUCAAAUACAUCUGUACCGUGCACACACAUAGGCACACACAAAAGAAAAAUCAGAGCACCGUGACAGUUGUUCAAGUUAUCUCCUCUCUAGCUACCUGACCGUGGAAAAUAAUCUCAUCCACUCUUGGGCAGUUAGUGGAAGUGCUGUCAGUCUUUCUGAAUUGUACUGUACUUCUACAAUACCUGUUUUAUAGUCUCCAUCUUGCAAUACAGCUUUGUAAGAGUGUAUGACAGCCAGCUAGAGCUGCAGGUUACGAAUAAGGAUGACAGUAAUAUUCCCAGGGAAAAAUUUUCUAAAAUGCAAGCAAUGACCAAUGACUGAUUUCCUAUUUAGCCAAGAAAGAUAUGUAUAGUUUGUUUAUUAUGCCCUGUCCCACUAAAUGGUGGCCUGAAAGACAACUAUGCUUUCUGAGGAUCGUUUUUAGCUUCCUGCUUUUGAAUCUGGGCAUGUCUACAUGUGGGUGUGCUUAUGAGUGUGUGACUUAUGCUCCCUUUUUGUUAUAAUCAUUUCACACGGGAAAAAAAAAUGUUGCUGUGUUUAUUCCACAUCUGUGCAUUCCAGAACCAAUCUAGCUUGGCUGCCAGGCAAUGGCCUCAUGUGUUUUCCUUGCUGUCCUUCAGGGGAUAUUAAUCAAGCUGAGCGGAUGCUCCAUUUUGUACCAAGACACUGGCAGGGUUUCAUUCUGGGAAACUGUUGUUUGUAUUUGGCCAGCUUCAUUUUUUUAUCCUGGCCUUGGAUAGGAUCCUUGCCCAUUCUAUCCUUAAAUCAACUCAUUUAUAAAUUCUUUCUACUGUUGCAGAGCACCUGUGAAGAGUCAAUAUGUCUGUCUGUGACUGUGCGCUCCAUAGGUAUUUUUGGCAUGUAUACUGUAUGUUUCUAUUCGGCAGUUUUAUGUUAUCAAGCUCCAUCAGCCAUGUCGGUCUUUUCUUCUGCCUUGAGAUGACAUGGAAAUAAUCUGGUCUGUGUUCAAUCGCAGUUUUGUAGCUGUAUGCGCUCCACAUCCUGGUUCGUUUUCAUGGUAGGUAGUCUACAGAGUGUUAGUUGAAUUAGCCUUUGCAUACUUCCUCUUUUGUCAUAUUAAAAAGUUGAUGUACUCUUUCUGAAGUUCUGUAAAAUAAGUGUCUGGAACGAAGAGACUGGUGCUUGAAAGAAAUUUAUUUUUUGUGUUUAUGGAAAGUAUUUUAUCUGCCUAAUAAAAUAUGUAUUCUGGCUA